AUGGGCAUGCUGUUGUUGCUGGUGGUGGUGCUGGUGGUGCAGGUGGUGAGCUGGGAGAAAGGAAAAGAAAAACAAGCCACCACUGGCUGCAUCACGUGGUGCAGACCAAGUGACAUCAGCAUCACUCAACAAAAAUGUAGACGAGUCAGACAAGGACACGACAAAACCAGCAUCAACAAGAGCAGAAAGCGAGACAAUGUUGUGAGAAAAAGAAGGCACAUAAAAGCAACGAUCAAGAACAAUGGGGCGCAAGACACCAUCAACAUCAGUCACGAGCAAAGACACGGAGCCGACGGCCUCAGCAGCCGUCACGCCGUUGGCAGUCACAAUGGUCUCAGAGCUUGGAGCAAGAUCAUGAAAUAA